AUGAUUGCAAUGCGUGGUAUGGGCUACUAUAGUGAAAAUACAAUUGGUGCCAAAGUCGUUAUUGAUACUGCAGGUGAUCUAGCUGUUGACGCUCUUUCAAGAAUGAAUUUGUUUCAAUCGAAUGCACCGUUUGAAAUCGCCGAUUUCGGUGCAGCUGACGGUGGUACAUCACUCGAUCUGAUGCGCUGUUUAAUCAAAUCAAUUCGAGCAGCAAACAUGACGCGACCAAUUACAAUUACUUAUACAGAUCUACCACAAAAUGAUUUCUCGGCAUUGUUUCGUCGUCUUCAUUUUCACGACGACCACGUUACACCAUUAGGUCAUGAACCAAAUGUUUAUACAUUUGCAAGUGGAACAACAUUUUAUCGACAGAUUUUUCCUGAGAACACGCUCUCACUUGGAUUCUCUGCUACGGCUAUGCAUUGGUUAAGUAAACAACCGUCACUCAUUGCUGACCAUGUACAUGCUACUGGUGCAAGUUUCGAAGAACGUGAAAAUUUUCGUCGUCAAGCCGCUACUGAUUGGGAGACGAUUCUUCUGACACGAGCUCGAGAACUUGUCUCUGGCGGUGUGCUGGUACUCGCCAAUUUCUGCAUAGAUGAGCAAGGCCGUUACCUGGGUGCUACAGGUAAUGGUGUAAAUAUGUUCAAUUGGUUUACUAACCACUGGCGAAAACUGAUGAACGAUGGCGAAAUAACCGAGUCGGAAUAUCACAACGCUACGUUUCAGCAGCACUACAGAACUGUAAAUGAAUUCACAGCACCUUUUGACGAUGAAAACUCUUCAGUGCGACGCGCCGGUCUCGUACUCGAGCACGUGAGUACACGUGUUACCAAAUGUCCGUAUGCAGCACAAUUUCGAGAGCAUGGCGAUGCACACGUAUUUGCUAAAGCUUUCAUACCAACUUUACGCUCUUGGUCUGAAAGUACCUUUUUCAAUGCAUUAGAUCUGACACGAAAUUUAACUGAACGUCAAACUAUCAUUGAUCGCUUCUAUCAAGCCCUGGAGAACGAUGUGAUUGUUGCACCAAAGGAUUAUUCGAUGGAUUAUGUGCAUUGUUUCCUUAGUAUUAUAAAACAAUAA